AUGGAUCCCCUUAUCACUCAGCUCGUUGUGAUCGGGUGUCUACUUCCCGUGGCUAUCUUCCAUCAAACCACAUAUCGCUUGCUACAACAUGACAACCUGCCUCUGUUCUUCCUUCAGAUAAUCUUGCUCUACGUCGUCUAUUUCUUGGCCAGCUGGAGCGGAAUCAACAUAUCCUACGCCCUCGAAACCUUCUGUUACAGGAUCGGUUGCCGCCAAAUCGGAAACGCCAUCCUGUCCCUGGCCAAAGCGCUCACUUCGAACAGCGACAAGGAGGAACAAAUCAAAUUCAACACCCAGUGGCACAGACACAUAACAGGCACGAUGGCAACCAAGCAGUACGGGCUGCGCCUUCUCGAGCGCAAGGCCGACAUCGAAGCCCGCAUUGACGCACACGGCCCGAGCAGCAAGAAGGUCCAGGAGACCAUUCAAGAGCUUGAAGCGAGCUUGGACGACGUGCUACCUGCGCUGUGGAUAUUGGCACAGGAAGCCGAUCAGUUCACGGUCGUUGUGGCAGCAAAUCCUUACUUCGGGCAUACGGCCCAUGUCAACAGGGAGUACAAUUCGAAGGACGCGAAAGUCAACCGAAACUUGCCGACACUGAAAGAUUUUGGACCCUGGGUGAGGGCAUUUUACUACGAGUUGCAGCGGGAUACGGAGGAUCACGACCGCGAGGAGUGUGCGCGACGGAUGGGAUGCUGCGCUCGCGAUUGCGGCUGUUGUCAGGAGGUCCGGCGAGCGGCGAAACGGAGGGAUGAUGCGUAUGAUUCUACGAGGGAGAUCUUGACUCAUAAGGGUCACUGUACUGUUGACUGUGGCUGUUGCGUCCGCUGGAGAGGGUUCACCAAGCCGGUUGGGUCUGGUGGUUCAGCGUUGAAGGAGCGUCUAAUAAAGAAUGUCGACUAGUUCUUAAGUUGACAGGAGUACUUGUUCCUACUUGACGUCUUUAAUACCAAGACGUUUGCUCGAUUUAUUCUAAUCGAGACUCUACGUAUCACGGUGGUACUUCAGGGGUAAAUACAUCAGC